CACUCGCUUUUGCAGCAGGGCUGAGGGAGACGGAGAGGCUGCAUCAUGGCGGACAGAGACAGUGGAAGUGAGCACGGUGGAUUCGCCGCAGGCCCCGGUCCGAUGCAACAGGGUGCUGCAUCGCGGCUCCAGCACGACACGGAGGAGCUCGCCUCGAAGCGGGUGGACAUUCAGAACAAACGCUUCUAUCUGGACGUGAAGCAGAACGCCAAAGGCCGCUUUCUGAAGAUAGCAGAGGUCGGGGCCGGGGGAAACAAGAGCCGCCUCACUCUCUCCAUGUCCGUCGCUGUGGAGUUUCGCGACUAUCUAGGAGACUUCAUCGAGCACUACGCCCAGCUGGGCCCCAGCAACCCUGACACGGUGCAGGACGAGCCCCGUAGGGCGCUUAAGAGCGAGUUCCUGGUGCGGGAGAAUCGGAAGUACUACAUGGAUCUGAAGGAGAACCAGAGGGGGCGGUUUCUCCGGAUCCGGCAGACCGUCAAUCGCGGGCCCGGCCCUGGACCCUCGCAAGGCCAGACCAUCGCUCUACCUGCUCAGGGACUCAUCGAGUUCCGCGACGCGUUGGCCAAACUCAUCGACGACUUCGGCGUGGACGAGGACCCGGCGGAGCUGCCCGAGGGCACGUCGUUGACCGUGGACAACAAGCGCUUCUUCUUCGACGUGGGCUCCAACAAGUACGGCGUCUUCAUGCGGGUCAGCGAAGUGAAGCCCACCUACCGCAACUCCAUCACGGUGCCCUGCAAAGUCUGGUCCAAAUUCGGCACGACCUUCUGCAAGUACGCGGACGAGAUGAAGAAGAUCCAGGAGCGGAGCCGAGAGCGGAGGGCGCGCGAGAUGCUACCGGAGGGCCUGCACGGGGACGACGGGGACGAGGACUAAUGCAUACCUGUGCGUACAGGAAGAAUGACAUGAUAAUCAGACGUUACUGUAAUUUGGGAUCGAUCUACACACACACACACACAACCCUCACAGACUCAAACAGUUGCAUCUCUUCACUCAUCGCCGGAAACUACCCACUUACCCACCAUUUAACAGUAAGACGCUGCUAUCCACAACAUGAUGUAUGAUCCGUGUCCAGGAUGGUGCAGGAGUGUGUGUAUAUCCCCCUUUACCCACGUGUGUGACACAUUCAAGCUCUUAUGCACUGCAAAAACCCACUUGUUUUCCAGUACAAAUAUCUAAACAUCCUGAAAACCAUACACACACAAUUUUAUUCAGACCACUCAUGACACAGCAAAUAAUGUCAAUACUCGAAAUAAAAGAACAUACAUAGUCAAUGGUAAAAUGACACUUGAUAUAAAAACGAUACGAUUUGAUAUGCUUUCUAAACACUUCAGCACUGACACCAGUCAAUCAUGUUGCCAACUUGACAGCAGCUGCUCCAUGUUUAAAAACUGAUAACCUUAUGUGUUUAGCAUAUUUUAAAAUGUACUUUCAAAAAAAAAAAAAAAAUGGCAUGAAAAUGCUGUUCAUCUUCAGCAUGCACACUGGGGUUUCUAAACGAGAGCAUGCAAAGUGAGUGACGCCAUGGUGGCUUGUUGCUUAUUGGAGCUUCUGACCUCAUUCAGACUUGUACAGUUUUGCUUGUCAAGUAAAUUAUUUUAAGGAUGCCGUGUAUUUGACUGGAAAACAAUGAUGGACUUUUUUUUUGCAGUAUAAUACUAUUUCCAAAGCUGCAAAUUGAAAAAAAAGGAAGAAAUAUAUAAUUAGUACUCACUUUUGACUUCCAGCACAAAAGCUAGUAUUUAGGAACCGUUUGAACCAAAGGUUCAACAUGCAAACGAACAUCAGGAGUGAAGGAAUAGUGAUGCGGGAGUGCUGUCAAUAUUUUAACAUGCACUAUUGUUAGAUUAAUCAAUUUAUAUAAAUGGAUUUCACCCAUUCUGGUUCGACUUAAAAGGUACACUUGGUCAUUUUUCAAUUAUUUAAACUUUUUUUUUUUUGCAUGGUUGCAUCAUGGGGUCCACCAUGUUGAGAUUACAUGACCAGUCAAAUUAUCAGCAUAAACUCAAUGAUAUUAUUCACUUUAAUUUGCAGAAAAUGUGUCAUAGCAAAAUAAGCUUCAUGUCUAACAUAAACCCAAAAUGACCGAGUGCACCUUGAAAUGCAUAUGAGGAGAUCUAGAUAUGUUGUUUACUCAUUUGCCUUUUAAAUUCUAUAGACCAAGCAAAUGAGAUUGUUUGUUUGCACGCCUCAUGCAACAGCGAAGGCAUUGCUAAAACAACCGGUUGACAUUUGUUCCUGUUAAAUACGAACCCUGUUGCACCAUUGCCCACUGACAUUUGGGCAGACGUUCAUUGAAGUGCUAACUUAGAUAUACAAACUAUGAUUUUGUGAAUCAGAUGUACUUAGAUCCUUAUGAAAUUGCCCACGUUUUCUGUGGGAAUUCUUCAUUUUUGGGAGGGGGGGUAGGGUGGGAGAGUGGUGGUUACUCAAAAAGGAGCUGUCCACUAGUGCGAGUUGUGUUAAUACCUGCGCGGAGCAUCCUCUACAACGUCAAAAAAACAACUUUGGUGCCUUAUAUUCUCCACACGUUUACAUGCUUUACGUGUUUCGAUCAUUUUCUUUCCGAUCGCUGUUUGUCUUUCUUUGUCGUUUGGGGUCACAACAGCGUAGUCGCUGUACCGCUCGUGGAGCUUCUUCGAUGACUUCUUCGACAAGCCAAUCAAAGAAAGAGGCGUUGCUGUGAAAAGAACAAUGAUGUCAUAAUCAAACAGCGCUGACGUAAACAUGGAUGUGCUGCGUUCACGUCUUAUCAGAAUUACUUUGGUUCUCCAUAGGGGUGCUCAAAGGCAAAAUCGAUUUGGGGUUUUGUCAUUGAUGCCAGCUUUCGUGAAAUUUUUACAGUUAUGAUAGACAUAGAUGUUUUUUUUUUUUUUUGCUUGUCAAAAACUUCUGUAGUUCUGGCGCAACGUGAACACAGCAGUAGUCACCUAAAGACGGUGGAGGUCUGCUCCUUGUGCUUCUUGUAAAAAUAUAUAAAAAGUAACAAGUUUAAAAAAAGAAAAAGCUGCGUGUACAAAAAAAUUAUAAAAACAAAUUAAUAAAUAAAAACAGCGUGAUAAGUUUGUAUGUAUGUUUCUCGCUACAGCCCAGCGUUAUGUUAAUGUAGGCCUAUAUUAGUAGACUUACGGCCGAGGCAGUAGCCUGUAUGAUUUUUUUGUAUGGUGCUAAUAUCCCCGUUCGUGGGAUUUUUUUUUUUUCUGCCGGUCUUAUCAGUUGCUGAAUUUGUUUGUCAACCUCGUCACAUUGCACCUUGAGAUUUUACUUUUCUCGCUAAAGUUACAAUGCUAUCAUUUCAGUAUCUUGUGCAAUAGGCUGCAUUGCCCCAAAUUCAGCCCUGCUGCAGUUUCAUGUCCCCCUUUGGACCCCCAAUCAAAACUAUUUCCUGAGAGAGCUUAUAACUGGUACUGUAUUCAAUGUAGGGAUAUGCUGGUAUCAAAUUUUCCUGUUGCGAUUAAUUGCUCAUGCUUUUGUCACAGUAUACGGUAUUAUCUCGGUAUUGAAAAUUUAUUUUAAAAAAAGUUGUCAUAAUACAGUAUAACCCAUUUAAUAACAUUAUUCUUAUAAAAAAAUAACUGAAGAUUAAAUACAAUGAAUCAAUGCAGAAAAAUAUAUAAAGUUAAAAGUUUUACACAGAUUAAAAUGCAAAAGAACUAUAAAGACCAAUAGGUAUCACUUUACAAUAAUACCUCAUUAGUUAACCAUCAACAUUCACAAUGAGCAAUAGCUACAUUUUCUAGAGAAGGAAUUAAUCUUUGUUAAAAAAUACAAGUUCAUGUUAGGUCAUUAAAUAAUACAGUUGUUAACUUUAGAUGUUAACAACAUGUUAUUAAAUGUCAGAAUAACUAAGAUUAAUGAAUGUUCAGAAGAAUUUUUACUUGGCAGUUUAAUUAAUGAAUUAACUAAUGUUAAAUAAUGAACCCCUAAUGUGAAGUGUGAAUUAACAAAUAACCAAAUCACUUAAAAAAAAUAUCUAGGGCAUGUUGUAGUCCAGAUUAAAAUGUAAAACAAGUUUGAAAAUAAAUAGCCUACUAAGUCUAAAUACUUAAGUAUUUGGCACUGUGAUGAACACCAUAGCAAAUCCACAAAUCUGAAUGGCUAUUUAAAUAUGUUUUAGAAAGUAGCGUAGCUGCUUUAUGGGGUUUCCAGGCUGCAUUUUCUGCAGUUUAUCGCCAUCUGCUGUCAUAGAGUGGAUGUGCUUUCAUUCAGCGCAUCUCGCACGUGUUUAGAAGGGCCCACCAUAACAAUAUCAUGCGUAUUCAUUACCGCGAUAUAUCGCAUUACCGAAUACCAGCACAUGUCUUAUUCAGUAUCUGAUUGGAAAUCCUACAAAAUCCCUGAAUGAUGUUGCAAUAACUAUGAAAAUAUGACACUAUCUUUUAAAGUUUCACACAUGUAACUGAAGAUACAAAUGAACAAAUUAAACAUUUGUCAUUUCUUUUUUUUGUUAAUUCAGUUGUAUAAUCCAUCUGAUUAGAACUCAACUUCAACACGACACAAGCAUUACCAGAAAUACUACAUUGAGUAUGUAGAAAACAAUAAUGCAAUGUUUUUGAACAGGCAUUACAGAUAGCUACCUCUUGGGGUUCGAGGGGGGUCAGAUUCUGCGGGAUGAUUGAAUGUUGCGCGACAUCUGCAUUCUAAAUGUGUGUGGAUACUUGUCCCCUGCAACAACAAAAAUGUACGCAUGAGGCUCGCUGUAAUUGAAAAUUUUUUCUGCAUAUUAAACUAACCUUUUGACUGCCCAAGUCAAAGUUAAGGGUUUAUUCUAGUAACAUAGCCAGUCACCACAAACAGGGGCCGCCUGAAAACACCUGCAUGUAUACGGUAGCAAAUCUGAUCUCCGCCAAUCCGAAACAAUCCUGUAUGACCUAAAAAUACAGUGAUGUAGUCACUUCAAAAGCUUCUCGGUGGUUUGAUACUCUGUUGCUAAUAUAUAUAUAUGUUUUUGCUGUUGUUGUUUUUUUAGGCAAUGUUAAAUGCACAAUGCUUCAGUCAGAGAUAUUCAUAACUAUUUAUUUGAUAAAAUAUCUUGUGAAUGUUGUUAGGGGAAAAAAAAUAUAUAUAUUUUUUUCCUCAAUCCGUUUCUCGACAUAAGCCAGCUCACUAGUAUUGCAGGUAAAAGCCUGUUAGCUCUCAGACCCAAACAUCACAAAUACUAAGAGAUGUGGGGUUUUGUAAAAACGAGACCUUCAUAUCUACUGAAGCCACCAGCCUACAGACAGUUUGGAGGUUUCUAGCCACAGACCUCCAUGCUAAAGGCCUGUUUUGUGCUAAAGGGCCUGUUUCGUGCUAAGCACAUGAGGAAAAUCUAUUGGGGAUCAAGGCUGACUUUAUUCCUGCAGAGCGUUUGGUCUCUUGUUUACCACUGCACAAUAUUAAAGCAUACAUACGCACUUUGUCUCGAUUUGCCCUCACAUCUCUUAAGACUGAAUCUGAAACGGCAUGCUUCUCUUGUAGGGACUAUUUUAGCUCUGUUUGUAGACGGGUUAUAUUUCUUUUCCUCUUGAGACCGGUAAGCAAAUCUUUUUCCUAUCACUGCCCAGAUCCAAUUACAAAAAAACUGUUUGAUGUGUGCCACUGUGCGAAAUCUAAACUGGAAGUAACAUUUAAGGGUGUUUUCUAGUGAUGCAAAAACACCGUCGAUCGAAUAUACGCGUUUUAAGUCAAUCGUGAACUUCGUGAAGGUGCUAAAUGGCUCAAUCCUGUCCGGGUGGCAUCGUUCAGCUAAGACUUUUCUCAUUUAAUAGUGUUCGAGCUCUCCACCAGCAAAGACCAGUAUUGGUUUGAUGCACAACAGGCUGUGGGGACAAAAAAUUAGAUGGUACUCCAUGCUGGACUGGAAUAGCAAUUUCAGGCUUUUCUCCAAUUCCAGGUGCUGAUUCGAAGCAUCACCUGUCCUUAAUGAGCAGAACAGAAUUAAUGGAGCUGCACAGACACCUUAAAGCCCUCACGUAUCUGCGAUUUCCAAUACGAAGAGCGAAGCGCAACCUUUUAACUUGAUCUAUGUGUGAAUCUUAUGAAGUGUGUGUGUGCCAUUAUAUGUCCCCUUCCCUAUUAAACCACGGCCAGUCACCAACUUGGAUUAGUUCUCAUACUUCACGUUCCUUCGGUCUCACAAGCUCAAGGCUUUGACCUGCUUAGCAUGUAACUGUGAGCGUUUUGUGUAUUAAGCAGACUGUCUGGGAGGGGUCCUGCAUCGAGGGUCAAUGCACAAGGAGGGUAUUCACAUAUCCCACCAACCAUUUCCUUUUUAUUCCCUAUCAAAUGUGUUGUACUUAAAAAUAUAUAUAUAUGACCUGUGAUGUGUGUGUAUAUAUGGUUUGUUACAUAUGAUGCUCCUCUUUAUUAAAGAUAAAAGAUAGCAUAUAUAUAUAUAUAUAAAAAAUAUAUAAAUAUGUAAAUGAUUCCUAAAUAUAUGUUCCUAUAUUCAUGGGGAAUGUAUAUAUAGGAAAAAAGCAUAUUGCUGUUUUUUUUUUCCUUUGUAUUUUAUACUUACAGAAAGCAUUGAAUCAAAUGGAUAAAAUCCUUGCACUUUAAAUAUAUAAAGAAAUAAAAAAAAAAUCAGCAUAUUAUUUUUGAUAGUUGACCUCACGUUCAAAGAUUCUAUAAUUACUUUCCAGGCUUUGUGACAAUUGCUGUUUGGCAGAAAUAUAUGAAGUUCUUCUACAUAUUGAAGUCUAUUUUGUCUGUGUUACAGAAGGUUUACUAAAGUAAAUUGCAUGAUGACUAAGUAGUGCACCAACUGUUAUUUUCUUUAGUUGGUUAAAAAUGUCUAAUGAAAAAAUACUGUGAUUAUUCUCAUGUGUGUACCCAUGUUAAACCUAAGUCAUACAUUCAAAGGUAUUCUGUUCAGCCUUUCCUAUAACAUGAAUAUGGUGCUUAAAUUGCUUAGAAAUGCCAUCGUGUUCCACUUUUCUUCAUUGCCACAAAGUUCCUCCUCAUUCUCUGUUUGUUCCCUUGGCUGUUUUGCGUGUUCUCACAACUUUAUUCAGAUUUACGUUUCUUGGUAACAAGUGUAUUUUUGUACAGGUACGUAUGUUGUUCUUGAGUUGGAAAGCCUUUGUGUCUGAAAAUGACUAAUUGCAAUAAAUCAUCCAUUCCUCCCUGGCAA